AGCCCCCCAACCCUAAUCUCUCCACAGCCGUAGUCCUUUCCUCUCCUCUUCCCCACCUCUCUCUGCUCUGGCGAAACAGGGGAGAUCGACGGCGGCGGUCCGGUGAGAAGAGGCAGGCGGCCAUCGUAGGCGCUUGUCCGGCGGCGGCGCCGCUAGGAUGGCGCCCGUGCAUCGGCGACCUGGAGAUCCUCCUCCACGAUACGGAGCACAAGAGGAGGUUUUUACCGUAGAAAUCAACUAUGGUGGAUUUUUCUGCGGAUUUGGCCGAUCGAAGACGUAUGUCGAUGGUAAAGUUGCUCUGUUCGAUGGUUGCGAAGUAGAUACAUGGUCUCCUCUCUGGCUCACUGAUUUUAUGCAGCAACUGGGAUAUAGUGACCAAUCUAAGCAUGUUAUUUACUGGUUACUGCCUGGAAAGAAUUUAGCCGACGGACUGCGGAUUGUGGACUGUGACACUGACACUUUGCACAUGACAGCAGUUGUUCCAAAAUUCCAAUUGUUUCAGUUGUUUGUUGAUCACAAAGAUAUGGCCUUUGACAAUGUAAUGGAUGAUAUUCAUGUUAGUGGUACACCUAAGCUACCUCUUGUACUAAGCCCUAAAUCUCAUGGGUUUAGCAGUGGAAUAAGAGGAAGUCCCAGGUUUAAGGUGAAAGCUCACAAAGGCAGACUGAACCAAUGUCAUGCAGGUAGCAGCAAUGAAGGGAGUAGCAGUGUUCCACCAGUGGGACUAAAUGUUGGACAUGAGCUUAGAAGAAGCAGGAGGAAACUUGUGGUAGAAGAAGAAAUCCCCAAUGAAAAUGACAAUGACAGUGAUAGUGAUGACAGUGAAUGGGAUUCAGACUGGGUAGACUCUGACAAUGAAGUAGGCAAAGAUGAUGAUGAUCUAUAUGAAGAAUGGGUUGAUGAAAAAUUUGAGAAGAAAAAAAAGAAGAAAUCUGAAUGGGAGCAGGACAGUGACUAUGAUACAGAUGAACUGCAGGAGCUACAAGGUUCAGAGCUUGAAGAUAGUGAUUCAGCAGAGGAAGUGGAAGUAGUAGAUGCACAAGGAAGGAAAAAAAUGAAAAAGAAAGUGAAGCUAAAAAGGUGGAGGCCUGAGAACAUGAAAGAAGUCAAUUUUCACAUAGGCAUGGUGUUCUUGUCUGUCAUUGAACUAAGAGCAGCAAUUCAGGAGUACAUUGUGAAGCAAAGAGUGCAAAUUCAUUACAUAAAGAAUGAUAAGCAGAGGAUAAGGGCAGGUUGUGUUGGAGAUUGUCCCUGGUUCUUAUUUGCUGCACCUGACAGCAGGACCAAAGCAUGGGUUGUGAAGAAGUAUGUGGGUGAGCAUACAUGUGAAAGAGAGUGGGCACUCAAGCAAUUUACAGCAAGAUAUUUGGCUGGCAAGUAUGUGGAAACAUUUAGAGCAGAUGAGAAGAUGACACUGCAAAACUUUGGCAGACUUGUUCAAUUGGACUACAACAUGCAACCUACUAGAAGUAAGCUAGCUAGAGCAAGGAGGAUUGCACUAAAGAUAAUUCAUGGAGAUGAACUUGAGCAGUAUAAUUUACUGUGGGACUUUGCAGCUGAAAUCAGAAGAUCAAAUCCUGGCAGUACCAUGCUUGUGCAUGCAAACAAUGGAAAGUUUGAUAACUGCUACAUGUCCUUAGAUGCAUGCAAAAGGGGUUUUCUGCUAGCUUGUAGGCCCAUUAUAUGCAUUGAUGGGUGUCACAUUAAGAACAAGUAUGGUGGAGUGAUGCUGACAGCUGUUGGAGUUGAUCCUAACGAUUGUAUCUUUCCCAUUGCAAUUGCCAUAGUAGAAGUGGAAGAUACUGUCACAUGGAAGUGGUUUUUGAACACAUUGAAGGAGGAUCUGAACAUACAAAACACAGCACCAUGGACAUUGAUGAGUGAUAGGCAGAAGGGCUUGAUCAAUGCUGUCAAUGCAAUGUUUCCUGAUGCACAACAUAGAUUUUGUGUGAGGCAUCUGCAUCAAAACUUUGCAAAAAACUGGAAAGGUGAUGUAUUCAAGAAUAAAUUGUGGCAAAUUGCAAGAGCUACACAUGAGGCAGACUGGAAGAAGUACAUGCAAGAGAUGAAAGAGUUGGACCAGGGGGCCUAUGAGUACUUGGAUGCAAUUGACCCAAGGCAGUGGUGCAAGGCCUAUUUCCAUGAACUCCCAAAGUGUGAUUUGCUUCUUAACAACAGCUGUGAAGUGUUCAACAAGUAUAUACUUGAUGCCAGAGAAAUGCCUAUAGUUACUUGUCUUAAGAAGAUCAAGGACCAAUUAAUGACUAGGUUUUAUAGCAAGAAUCUGGAAUCUGAGGAGAUGUGUGGUCAAAUUUGUCCAAAAAUUAGAAAAAAACUGGACAAAAAUAUUAACAUGUCCAACAACUGCACUGCAUUACCAGCUGGACAACACAUAUUUCAUGUUAAAGGCAUGGUUGGGGAGUAUGAUGUGAACAUACAGAAGGAGGAGUGUUCUUGUAGGGCAUGGCAGCUCUCUGGAAUUCCAUGUAGACAUGGAGUUGCAUGUUUAAGACAUGAAAGAAUUAAACCAGAGGAUGUUGUCAACAAGUGCUACAGCAUAGAUGCUUUCAGAGCUGCUUAUGGCAAGAUCAUAAUGCCAUGUAGUGAUCCUAGAGUGUGGCCUAAAACUAAUGGGCCUCAAAUGCUGCCACCACACUAUGAGAAGAAAGUUGGUAGGCCUGGAAAGAAGAGAAAGAAGAACCCACUAGAGGAGGACAAUGGAACUAGGAUGAGCAGACAUGGCAUUAUUGGACACUGCAGUGUGUGCAAUCAACCAGGACACAACAAAAGAAAGUGCCCUGAACUAGGUAGAGGACAACCAACAGCAGCACAUGAGGCAGGAGCAGAACAAGAUCCAGCAGCAGAACAAUAUCCAGCAGCAGAAGAGGAAGCAGCAGAACAUGUGCAAACAACAGAACAUGUGCCAAUUCAGGUUGUGCUUCCAGAAACACAACAAAGAACUAAACUACCAGUCAAGAGAAGGCCCAGUUGCAAGAAAAAGGCAUGUCCACAAGUGGGCAGAAGUACAUCUAAUAUGAUAUCUUCUUCUAUGAAUUAUGAUCUUGCUUCAUCUACUAUGAUUGAGAUUUUACAGGACCAAGCUAUAGCUACUCAACAAUCUCAAACAGCAGUGCCAGCUCCUCUACCAGAAAGCCAGUUCAUUGCAAACUGCAGAGAUGCCCUGCCAGCUCCAAGAAGCCACACUACUGCUACACUAGGUUUGAAGAGAAGGAAGAAAGUGAAAAAAACUAAGGAGAACAAAGCCCCAACAACUCAGAAGUGAAGAGCUACAAAGAUGUUAUGGAAAGAAGCAGUGUAGGAUGUUUUUCUUUUGCUUAGGAAACAAGGUGGUUUGUAAUGAAACCUCAUGCUAAGAUGUGGCUUUGGGUUUCACACAAACCAUGGAAAUGUAAUACUUUUGUUGCACAACUUCAAGACCUUGUAAUGUUGGGUCCAUCUAUCUAUCUUUCAGACUGCUUUGAAGUUCAGUUAGUAAAAGAAUGGCCUUGCAUAUUACUGUUUAUUUGUGUUGUCAAUGCUAGUAAAAAAAUGGUGCC